UACAACGACAAGGAUGGAGACAGAGCCAUAUAACACAGUUUAACUCGCCUUUAUUCCCAUCAAAUACAGUUAAAGGCGAUGGACGAGUUUCCCCAGCUCAUGUGACUGUGAUCUGAAAGACAUACUGUCAUUAUUAUCACGGGUUGAAGGCUUAGACUGAGGACACUGGCCACAUGAUGUUGGACCACGCGGAUGUGAGUUUGACCCCUGAUGAACGGGUGCGGGCCUUGACCAAGAAGGGCAGCGCGGUGGACAUGAAUGAAGCAGUGCCCCUCCGCAGAUACUUCCGCUCGGGCAUGGAGGUGAUCCGCAUGGCCCACGUGUACGCCGAGGAGGGCAACACAGAGCACGCCUUUGUCCUCUACAACAAAUACAUCACGCUUUUCAUUGAAAAGCUCCCCAAGCAUCCAGAAUAUAAACUGUGUAAUAUUCCUGAGAAGAAAGAGAUUUUAAGGAAGCUAAAGGAGACCGCUUUUCCUCAAGCAGAGCAGCUGAAGAAACAUUUACUGAGAAGAUAUGAGAAAGAAUAUGCUGAGUUUAUCAGCAAAAAGCGUGCAGAAGCUCAGGCGCUGGAGCAGGAGUUGUGUCGGCAGCGUGAGCUGGAGGUGGAGAGACAGCGAGUGGCAGACAUGCAGAGGAGGCAGCUGGAGCAGGAGCAGUUCAGCAGGUUUGAGGAGAUGAUCCGGCAGAAGGACCAUCAGCGUGAGCAUGAGUUCAACACACCAGUGCCUCACCAAGACGACACACUGCUCAUCCCUGGGAUCCAGGGUCCCCCUCUGCCCUACCUAGAGUCCCCCUCGGCCAAUCACAGUGCUCGGUCAGCUCCCAGCCCGGCUGCACCCCCGACCGUGGACCGCUCACUUAAACCGGGUCACCUCAGCAUCAACACUACUAUGGUUGAUGGUUUGCGGCAGAUCACUGUUCCUGCUGAGCUUUGCAGCAAAUUUCUGCGAUUGGCCAAUAACAACACCAUAAGAGCAGUGGAGACCUGUGGGAUACUCUGUGGGAGACUGAAUAGUAACGCGUUUACAGUGACACACGUGAUCGUGCCGAAGCAGUGUGGAGGCCCAGAUUACUGUGACACAGAGAAUGAAGAGGAGCUGUUUCUGGUGCAGGACCAGUACGACCUCAUCACGCUGGGCUGGAUACACACUCACCCCACUCAGACGGCCUUCCUGUCCAGCGUUGACCUGCACACUCACUGCUCAUACCAGAUGAUGCUGCCCGAGUCCAUCGCCAUCGUCUGCUCUCCCAAAUUCAACGAGACGGGCUACUUCAGGCUGACUGACUACGGCAUGGAGGAGAUCUCAUCCUGCUCUCAGAAAGGCUUUCAUCCGCACCCCAGAGAACCUCCUCUCUUUACUGAUGGUAACCACAUUAGGAUCACAGAAGGCGCUGUAUCGAUGCUAGACCUGCGAUGAUCUCUCUCUGGUGUUCACACAGUGGUGCCAUGAAGCUUAUUUUUGUAAUCUAUCGUCGCUAACUCCUCUGAUGGACUCUCGUAUGGCACCAGCUUUCUCUGGUGGUGGGUUUCUUAGAGAUCUAAAACAAGCACUUUUUGGGAAACAUGAAGACAAUAACUGAAGCAGCAUUUUUUUUAUAUGACAUCUGUUGGGAGCCACAGGACUGCAGCUCAUCCCUGUUUCUGUUUGUUUUGUCCUAAUGAUC